UUUUACCUGAGGCGAUUGCUCUGUUGCCUUCCGCCUGUUCAGACACGCUGCGCUCUCAGCGCGUCAUACUUUCCCCCUGAUGAUGGAAGUCGACAGACGAUAUGAUAGAACAACGACUGGAUAAAAUCGAAUACACCGAUGUGACGGGCCGCUCCCAAAACCUCUAAUUUUUUCUUCUGGAUGAAAAUGACAAGUUCCGAUUUGUCAUUUUAAGUUUAAGGACUUCCAGAAAGCUGGGAAAACAUUUUUUUCUGAAGCGUGCCUGGAGUAGUCAGGUGUUUUCAGUUAACCAGGAUACGUCACGACGACGACUAGAAGACAUGGGGAUAAUGUAUUCAGAGCCAAUGUGCCAGGCGGCCUAUGAGAAUGAUGCCCACGAGGUCUACCGCCUCUACAAGGACAACCCCAAAAGUCUGAAUGUCCAAGAGGAGUCGUCGGGGGAAACGCCCAUCAUUGCUGCUUGCCGACGGGGAAACCAUCAUGUAGUGAAGUACCUGCUGGACUUGGACGCAGAUGUUUCCAUAUGCAACAAGAAACAGAGGACGUGUUUACACUAUGCGGCCAAAAGAACAUACUCUUUUCUGGAUUACCUCAUGAUCGCCAUUCUGAUGCCAAUUCUGUUAAUCGGAUACCUAAUACUGCUUGAGAAGCAGAAGAAGAAUGAGGAUUUAAUGAAGCUGGUUUUGAGCAGCAAAGUGGAUGUCAAUGCCAAAGAUUAUAGAGGCAACACUGCGCUUCAUUAUGCCUGCCAGAGAAAAAGCCACACAAUUGUGCCUUUGCUACUUGAGAAAGAGGCAGACGUUUCGAUCAAGAACAACAAGGGAGAGACUGCACUGGAUAUUGCAAAUAAGCGAAAGUUUAAGAAGAUUGUCACCUUGUUGAAGAAAUCUGAUUAAGGAAGUGAAGACAUCAUGAGGGACAUUAUGAGACUUCUGAAGUCUACCCCUAGGACAUCGGAACAGCCAGAAUGAAAACAUUAGUCUCUUGGGCACAUCGACGGUUGCAAUGGAAUGUCACCUCAAUAUUGGUUCUAUUACACACACAAUUUUUUUCUUACACAUGUUUUGAAUUAUUUCAAAGUUUACAAACGUGCUGCACAAAAUUGUAUUUACACUUUAUAUUUUUUAAAGUUUUCACUGUGUUUUUCAGGACAGCAUAAAACACUUGGUGUCGGUGGAGUCCAUAGUCAUUGUUUUGUCUCACUAAAAUUAUGCCUUGGUGACAUAAUUGAUUUGCCUUUAAUAUUUUGACCCAAUUGUUUUUGCACCUUGUAAGUAAUUUCUAUUUAUUUUAUAACCAGUUCUGCUUAAAAGUUAAGUGUUCAGUUUGCAUACAUUCAAUGCUUGAAUUGAGUAAUCGUAUGUCAUAUGCUCAUUUUUUUAAGUCUCAAUAAAGGAUGUUUUAGAGU